GAUCAUCAGUCGUAAGCUGGACACCGACUCCUAAACAACAAACUAAAUUUUUUGAGCUCAAUAGUUUAUAAUUUCGAACGAAAUCGUACCAAAUUUUUCAUACAAAAUUUUUCCGUUGAAAAAAAUCCAAACAGCUGCAAUAGUAAAAUUCUAAAAAGUGUAUAAUAAUUUCGAGUUGCCUCUUAUUAUUUUAAAUAAAAAAGAAAAAACCAAAAAAGUAAAACCGCGCGAAAAACCAUAUAACAAAGAACCACUGUAAAAUCGAAAAACAUCGAAAAAUUAUCGAAAAUCAAUCGAAAAAAAUAAAGAAACUAGAAAGAGAAAAAUGCAACGGUCGCUUUUCAAGAGAGGCUGUUCCCGGGCCCUGGCCCUGUUCCGCCCCCUGAAGUCCUGCCCCCGGAGGAGCAUCCACGCGGAGGAGUCCCUGGGGGAGUCUCCUGUGGCCAACAGCUCUUGCCUGGACCUGCUGGGCCGACUGCUCCACGGGCGAUUGAACCUCCUAGGCGGUCGUCCUGUGCCGCCCAGGUUUCUGCCCCUGCUGACCGGGGAUCGCAGCCUGCACUUCAAUGCCGACGAGGACGAGGAGUUCCGCAGCCGACUGGCCAUGCAGCUGAAGGAACUGCGCGAGGCCCUGCAGGAGACCCAGGAACUUCGGGAAUCCCAGGAGGAGGAGCUGCAGGAGGAGCUGGAUGAGGACCAGCCCUAUACGACGCGGUCUCGCGAGAUAUCCGUGGAGGAUCUCACCGAUGAGGAGCUGAACGAGAUGCGCGAGGUGCGGAUGAGUGCUGGCCAGGAUCGGGAUCAGGAUGGUGGCAAGUCGCGUGGUUCCGAGCAGCCGGAGGCCAGUGACAAGGAGGCCGGCGAGGAGACGGCCGAGGCCAGGGAGCCCCAGGAUCCCCAGGAGAACUUGGAGGUCCACGAGGUCCGCGAGGGCGACAUCGAGGGCGUCUACUGGACCGGCGAAGGCAAGCGGAUAGUCACCCAGACGCCCCAGCGGAAGACGGGUCACUCGGGCUUCAUCGAUGGCGAGGGCGAGGAGAUUCCCCACGAGGAGUCCUCGCCAGGACAGGCGCCGCCCUACCAUCCCCCACCACCGCGCGCUCAGGCCACCUCCAAAAUGCUGCGCAAGGGCGGCCGCAAGUCCAGGACCUCGUCCUCAAAACCCAUUCCCAGUGAUUCCGAUGAAUAGCCAAAUGGCCCAGGCGAAGUCCUCGAAUUUUCGGGAUCGCUAAAAUAAAUAAAUACAAAGGGCUAAGUACAAAA